AUGCAGGGGGCCUGGGUGCUGCUGCUGCUACUGGGGCUGAGGCUUCGGCUCUCCCUUAGCUUCAUCCCAGCUGAGGAGGAAGAUCCAGCUUUCUGGAACCGCCAGGCAGCCCAGGCCCUGGACACUGCUAAGAAUCUGCAACACAUCCAGACAGCUGCCAAGAAUCUCAUUAUCUUCUUGGGGGAUGGGAUGGGAGUGCCUACAGUGACAGCCACUCGGAUCCUGAAGGGGCAGAUGAAUGGCAAGCUGGGACCUGAGACACCCCUGGUCAUGGACCAAUUCCCAUACCUGGCUCUGUCCAAGACUUACAACGUGGACAGACAGGUGCCAGACAGUGCAGGCACCUCCACUGCCUACUUGUGCGGGGUCAAGGCCAACUAUAAGACCAUUGGUGUAAGUGCAGCUGCCCGCUAUGACCAGUGCAACACGACACGUGGCAAUGAGGUCACCUCUGUGAUGAACCGAGCCAAGAAAGCAGGGAAGUCCGUGGGAAUCGUGACCACCUCGAGGGUGCAGCAUGCCUCUCCAGCCGGCACCUACGCACACACAGUGAACCGCAACUGGUACUCAGAUGCCGACCUGUCUGCUGAUGCGAAGACGCAGGGCUGCCAGGACAUCGCCACGCAGCUCAUCAACAACAUGGACAUUGACGUGAUCCUGGGUGGAGGCCGAGUGUACAUGUUUCCUGAGGGGACCCCAGACCCUGAGUACCCACAGGAUGCCAAUCAGAAUGGAGUCCGGCAGGAUAAGCGAAACCUGGUGCAGGAGUGGCAGGCCAAGCACCAGGGUGCCCAGUAUGUGUGGAACCGCACGGCACUCAUGCAGGCAACCAAUGACCCCAGUGUAACACAUCUUAUGGGCCUCUUUGAGCCUUUAGACAUGAAAUAUGAAGUCCAGCGCAACUUGGCCACGGACCCAUCCCUGGCAGAGAUGACGGAGGCAGCCCUGCGCCUGCUGAGCAGGAACCCCCUUGGCUUCUACCUCUUCGUAGAGGGAGGUCGCAUUGACCACGGUCACCACGAAGGCAUAGCUUACAUGGCGCUGACUGAUACCGUCAUGUUUGACACUGCCGUUGACAAGGCCAACCAGCUCACAAGCGAAAAGGACACACUGAUCCUUGUCACUGCUGACCACUCUCACGUCUUCUCUUUUGGUGGCUACACACUGCGUGGAACCUCCAUUUUCGGACUGGCCCCCAGCAAGGCCUCUGAUGGCAAGUCCUACACGUCCAUCCUUUAUGGCAAUGGCCCUGGCUUUGCGCUCAGCGGAGGCACACGGCCCGACGUCAAUGACAGCCAGAGCGGGGACCCCACGUACCGGCAGCAGGCGGCCGUGCCCCGGUCGAGCGAGACCCACGGCGGCGAGGACGUGGCGGUGUUCGCGCGCGGCCCGCAGGCGCACCUGGUGCACGGCGUGCAGGAGCAGAGCUUCGUGGCGCACGUCAUGGCCUUCGCCGCCUGCAUCGAGCCCUACACCGACUGCAGCCUGCCGACCCCCGCCAGCCCCACCGCCGCCGUGCAGACGCCCGCCAGCCCCACCGCCGCCGCGCACCCGGGGCCGGCCGUCUGCCCUCCCUCCCUGGCGCUGCUGGGUGGGGCGCUGCUGCUGCUGCUGCUGCUGCCCGCCCUGCACUGA